AUGCAGCUCUCUGGCGCUUUGGACCGAUUUACAUCUUUCGACGUUACCCCUACCAUUGGCAGGGAGUUUCCUGACGCCGACCUUAGAGGAUGGCUUGAAUCCCCAGAUUCAAAUGCAUUACUCAGAGACCUUGCAAUCACAGUGUCGCAGCGAGGUGUGGUUUUCUUUCGCAAGCAGGACGGCCUAAAUGAUGGCCUGCAGAAGACACUCGUGCAGCGACUUGGAGAGCUAUCUGGGAAACCCAGAACAUCUGGGUUGCACAUCCAUCCAUUUUUUAAUGCUGGACUGCCACUUGGGGGCCAUGAUAAUGAAAUAGAUGUUGUUAGUACUGAACAAGACAGGACAAUAUUUGGGACCCCUAAGAAGUUCGUUAAACGGCAGACUGCCCGCGGGGAAUGGCACACUGAUAUUACGCAUGAAAUUAUCCCGAGUGACUAUGCCAUGCUGCGCCUCAUUGACUUACCAAAGGGCGGGGGUGGAGAUACGCUUUGGGCUUCUGGGUAUGAGCUCUAUGAUCGCAUCUCGAAGCCGUACCAAAAGUUCCUUGAGGGCCUAACCGCAACUUUCGCCCAACCCAGCUAUGACAACGUCGCAAGACAGUUUGAUCACCAGCUAUACACCCAACCGAGAGGAUCCCCCGAAAACGUAGGAUCCAACUUUGUCGCCGUUCAUCCCGUGAUCCGCACGAACCCUGUUACCGGCUGGAAGAGCUUAUUCGCAGUUGGAAAUCAUGUGCAGUGUAUCAACAGCUUACAGAAAGAGGAGAGCGAUAGCAUCCUGCAAUGGUUUACUUGGCUAAUUACGGAAAACCAUGACUUGCAGGUGAGAUACAGAUGGCAGAACCGGAACGAUGUCGCACUUUGGGACAAUCGAUGUGUAUUCCAUGCGGCCACUAAAGACAUUGAUAUCAAUGACCGGCGGACUGGGCACAGGGCUAUGGGGGUAGGAGAACGUCCCUACCUUGACCCAAAGAGUACCAGCAGACGUGAAGACUUAGGUCUUCUCUGA